CUUCUUCUUGGGCUUGAGAUCCACCAUGCAGGGGAUGCGGGUUUCGCACUGUGGCCAGGCUGCCCCUGGCGCACGGCUGGUCCAGCUGCGCUGCAGGGCGCAGGCCGCAACCACCACCACCACCCCGUCCCGCCCCUCUGGCCCGCUUGUAGGUGCGGUGGAGGCGCUCUUCCGCUUCCCCCCCUUCUUCAACAUGGCAGCUAAGCAUGCGCGGGCCAUGAUUGUGAAGCGGGGGGAGAAGAUGGGUCUCGAUUUCGAGGCCGAGAUUGACGAGCUGCGGAACGUGGACUGGGACCAGGAGCUGCAGGCGGUGGAGGACGCAAGCGUGCAGUAUCCCGCUUACUACACGGUGCCCUUCCAUGCCUACCCCGAGGGCAACCUGGGGUGGACCCCGGCCAUGGAGAUGACGGUGGCGGCCAGAAGUGUGCACAGCACAGUCUACGACCCCACCGGCAAGACGCUCGACCCAGAGGGCGAUGACAACUUGCGCAGCAGCUACAGUCGUUGCAUGCAGCAGCUGCUGGAGGAGCAGGGGGCACGGCCCAUAGGGCAGAUUCUGGAUGUGGGGGCGGCCACCGGGCUCAGCACCCUGGCGCUGUUGCGGGCCUUCCCGGAUGCGGAGGUCACAGGCAUCGACCUGUCUCCACACAUGCUGGCGGUUGGCAGCUACCUGCAGCGCCAGCGGAAUGAGCAGCGCGCUGCGUCAGGGCAGCCUCCUGAGCGGCUACACUUUGUACACGGCGCCGGCGAGGAUACUCGGCUGCCCAGCGAGAGCUUUGACCUAGUCAGCGUCAUGCUGGUGUGCCACGAGCUGCCUGCUGCCAUCAGCCAGGCCAUCUUCAAGGAGGCAUACCGGCUGCUGCGCCCCGGCGGUGCCCUGGCUGUCAUGGAGAUGAACCCUGCCAGCGAUGGUUUUCGCAGGAUUUUCUCGCAGCCAUUCCCUUACGUUGCUUUCAAGAGCACAGAGCCCUGGCUGCUGGAGUACCUCAGCCUGGACAUGGCGGGUGCCAUGGACGAGAGCGGGUUCACAGCAGUGAAGCAGCUGGAGAACUCGCCGCGCCACAAGACGGUGGUGGCGGUAAAGCCCCAGUGAUGAGCCGGGGUAUGAGUUUGCCGAACAUCGCUGGCUUCGCUCUGGCUUUGCAGGGAUGCCACCAAAAGAACUUGCAUGCUUCUGCUGCUUUGCCGUCUGCUCUGCUCUGCCCCUGAGCGCUUCGUGCUGAUACUGUCACUUUCGCGUUGUCAAGUUUGCACAGCAUCGC